AUACCUGUAAAUACCCUAAUCAUUUAAAGAUUGAAAUAAGCACAAAUGAAAAUUGAAUUUUUCAAACAAUUUGACAGCUAAAGCCUAAACAUAAUCUCGUAUGUUGACAAACAUCGGUAACUCAUCACUUCCCUGACUAGCUGACCUGUAAAUUACUCCAAAAAAAACAAAAAACAAAGAGAGAGAAAAAGAAAAAGAGAGAAAAGGGAGAGCAGAAUAUUUUUUUUAAUUUCUAGCAUUGAUUUUCUUACCAACUGCUCUUUUUCAAAUUUUUCCUUUUUGAGUUUGCUACAAAGAUCGAAGAUCUAAGUUUUGCAAGAAAAAAAGAAAACUUGAAAAUUAAAGGAUAAGAAAAAUGGCUAGUUUUGCAGGAACAACACAGAAAUGCAAGGCUUGUGAGAAAACAGUGUACUUGGUGGAUGAGCUCACCGCUGACAACAAAGUGUAUCACAAGGCUUGUUUUAGAUGUCAUCAUUGCAAAGGAACUCUCAAGCUGAGUAACUACUCUUCCUAUGAAGGGGUUCUAUACUGCAAACCUCAUUUCAACCAACUAUUCAAGAUGACUGGCAGCCUUGAUAAGAGCUUCGAAGAUGCUCCAAGAACUGCUAGAGUCGACAGAUCUUCUGAGGCCGGUGCUGCAAAGAGCAAAGUCUCAAGUAUGUUUGCAGGAACUCAAGAUAAAUGUGUUGCUUGCAGCAAAACAGUUUAUCCUAUUGAAAAGGUAGCAGUGGAUGGCAGCUCGUAUCAUAGGGCUUGUUUCAAGUGCAGCCACGGUGGUUGCACGAUAAGCCCAUCUAACUAUGUUGCACACGAGCAUCAGCUCUACUGCAGGCACCAUCACACUCAGCUCUUCAAGCAGAAAGGCAACUUCAGCCAACUAGACAAGCAUGAUCAAUCUACGGAGCACAAUGGAACUGCAGCCUAAAUCGAGGCGAUAUAUAUAUAAAAGCUUGUGGCAUUUGACGCCUUUCUAUGUAUAACGAACUUCAACGUUGAGAGAGAAACUUCAGUUUUCUGGUGAUUUUGGCUUCUAGUUUUUGUUGUUGGUUUGAAGCAUAAGAAAUGUGAUGUUUUGGCAUCUUCUUGCAA